CAACAUCGACCCGUCAGACCGGCAGUAGAACUCCAUUUGUGUUCGUAGAAUCAUCUUGAAAAUAUUUAUUGCGUAUUUUCCAGGAAAUUUUCUAAAUUGAAAAGCAAUAAAUAAUUAGUUUUUAAACUAUUUCUCAUAAUCUUUAUAAAAUUUUUGAUAAAAAAAAAGUGAAAUUUUGUUUUACAUUACAUUCAGUCAAUAUAUUCCGGCUUUUUUUUUCUCCUUUCAACUGAAAAUAAAAAAAGAAAACAUGAAUUCCGUUCAUCUUUCCGAAGGUUCAGAUAAGCCAGAAUUAGUGGAGGGAAAACCAUAUCUUUUUAGUAUGAAAUUUUGUCCAUAUGCUCAUCGUGCAAGAUUGGCACUUUCAUUCAAAAAAAUCCCCUACGAGAUAAUAAACAUAAAUUUAAAAAAUAAACCAAAAUGGUAUUUCGAUAUCCAUCCUAAGGGACAAGUUCCGGCUUUUAUCGGACCGGAUGGCAAAGUAGUUAUCGAAUCAGACGUGAUUGUAAACAUCGUGAAUGAAAUGUAUCCUGAUCCUCCUUUAUAUAAUGAAGAUAGAAAAACUCGAGACUUGGAGUUGAUUACAAAUUUUGGAAAGAUAAGCAGCUUAUUUUCUAAUGUUAUUCACGGAAAAGAAGAUCGAAGUCUAGAUGAAAUUGUCGCUGAAAUUUCCCAACAUUUGGAGGAAUUUGAAGAGGAGCUGAAAAUUCGAGGAACUGACUUCUUUGGAGGUGAAAAACCUGGAAUUGUGGAUAUUAUGAUUUGGCCAUGGGUAGAACGAUCAAAAGCACUUCCAUUGAUUUAUAAACAACCAUUAAAGAAUUUUGAAAAAGAAAAAUUUCCCCAUGUUAUAAAUUGGACCACAAAUAUGAAAUCUCAAGAUUUUGUAAUUGAGAAUGCAGGAGCUUAUGAUAAAUUUGCUGAACUUAUUUUAGCCUCAAGAGAGGGCACCGUCAAUUACGAUACCAUUUAAAAAAAAAUCUUCUUCCUAAAAAUAAAAAAAAGAACAAUGUGAUAAAAAAUCAAUAAUUAGAAUAAGCUUUUUGGGAAAAAAAAAAUUGCUUACACCUAUAAUAUAAAGGAAAGAAUUACAGAAGACUAUUGAAGACUAUUUACGAGUUUAUUAUAAUAAAAAUGUUAAUUAAUUAUUGACGCCCUCACCUACACUUUAUACAAUUUGAUUGACAAUAUAUAUAUAUAAAAAAGA